AUGUCUGCCAGCCCUUCUUCCACGGCUGGUGGCGAGACUAAGCCGUCGGAUCGAAUCCAUUUCAAGUUCUGCCGUGAAUGCUCCAACCUGCUCUACCCCAAGGAAGAUCGCGUCAACAACCGAUUGAUGUUCACGUGCCGUACCUGCCAUGUCGGCGAGCCUGCCUCCUCGCACUGUGUCUACCAAAACCAUCUCCAUAGCCAAGUCGGUGACACUGCCGGUGUCACCCAGGACGUGACAUCUGACCCCACGCUUCCACGGGCCAACAAGCUCUGCCCAAGCUGUGGCGAAACCGAAGCCGUCUUUUUCCAGUCACAACAACGAUCCGCCGAAACGGGAAUGAAACUCUACUACGUAUGUUGUGCGUGCGGACAAGUCUACAUGUGA